AUGGCCGCCGGAGCUUCUGCUUCAUCAUCCUUAUCAUCUUCCUCUCCUUCGCGUUCCCCUUCCCCUUCUUCAGCCAUCGAUUUCCUCACUCUGUGUCACCGUCUAAAGACGACAAAGAGAACGGGAUGGGUGCGAAGAGAUGUUAAGGAACCAGAAUCAAUAGCUGAUCAUAUGUAUCGGAUGGGAUUAAUGGCUCUCAUAUCUUCCGACAUUCCUGGUGUAAACCGUGAAAAGUGCAUGAAGAUCGCUAUUGUGCAUGACAUUGCUGAAGCUAUUGUUGGUGACAUCACUCCUGAUGAUGGGAUCCCAAAAAAAGAAAAGAGCCGACGUGAGCGAGAAGCAUUAAAAAACAUGUGUGAAUUGCUUGGUGGAGGGGAAAGAGCCAAGGAGAUCAGUGAUUUGUGGAUGGAGUAUGAAGAGAAUUCUUCAUUGGAAGCUAAGCUAGUAAAAGACUUCGAUAAGGUGGAGAUGAUACUUCAAGCCUUAGAAUAUGAAAAUGAACAAGGGAAAAAUUUGGAAGAGUUCUUUGAGUCAACUGCAGGGAAGUUCCAAACUGAUCUGGGAAAGGCUUGGGCUUUGGAAGUUGCUUCGAGGCGAAAAAAACAGUGA